AUGGCGGCUUGUAAGAGUGUCGUUGUUCUCUGUCCUAAUGCGCGCCGGCAAACCGUUAAAGUGAAUCCAACAACCACUUUACUUCAGGUCUGUCUGUUCCUUUUUACUCUCCGCCUUUCUGCGUUAAAGGUUUUGUUAGUUCACGAAGAGAUAUGAGUUUUUUUCAGCUUGACUGAAGUGCUUCGGAAACAGGCGUUGUAAGGUAGAUUAAGUUUUUUCAGGGUUUUAAAACGUGUAUUUCAUUUCUCCAGGUACUUGAAGAGGUGUGCAGAAAACAAAGCCUUUCAUCUGAAAACUUCUCUUUGCAGUUAGUAAAAUAUUUGCUUCUCUCAUUUGUCUAGCUAUUUUAUAAUUGAUAAUUUUUUGUCUCAGUGACGUAUACAGGGUACAUGUAAAACAACAACACAGUCGGGUUCAUUCAGCCUCUCGGUUUAUAUAACUAGGAAAUACCAACAUUUUUCAAUUACUUUAAUGACCCGUAAUCGCUAAAUAAAAAUUUCAUAAUUUCAUAAAAAUUUCGUAUGCAUGCAAUUUCUCAAAGAUCUGCAAUUCAAUUCUUCGUGCAAAAGGACAUGCUGUACAUGUACAUGUAGUAACCGUAAACUAUAAAUCAAGCCAAUACUAAAGUACUGUUGUAAACCAGUCUUCUUUACAAAAUAAGAAAGUAUUUUCGUAUAACCCCAUAUUAUUCUAAAAAGUAAACUGUAGUCGACGUCCCAAAGGCAAUUUAUUGUUGUCACCAUCAUUUCCUCAAUCAAAGGCUCAUGAAGUAUAAGGCUGUGCAGAAAUCGUGAUAUAAAAAAGUUGGCAUUUAUUUUUAUAUUUAUUUUGUAGCUGAACUGUAUUCUAGUGAACUACCUACACAUGUAUCAUGUAGUUUAAUGCCUGAAACUCACUUGUUUCACCAUGAGUUGUACCAGUUCAUCUGUGUGACCUAACCUUGCUUUACUUGUUUCAUACACUGUAUAUAAUGUGGAGGGGUUGGAGACAGUCCUCUCUGAAACUGGAUUCAACAAUUAUCAUAACUCAAGUUAUAAAAUUAGAUUGCAUGAUGCUUUGAGGUCAAAUAAGUCUGAUGUUGAUUAUAUCUGCCCAAGAUAUGUAGCAACAGGUGGUAACACCAUAUAUUAGGCCUGCCUGAAAGUUUUGAGGAGGGUAAGUUUCUAAAGAAACUGUGAUGCUAAUAAUAGACAAUUUGGCUCUAUCAAAUGAGUUGAUUAUGUGAAAUGGCCAUUGUAAAGAGUUUCCACAGCUGAUGUUACAAGUUGAAGGGCUAACUCUCAAAUGGCUAACACUCAGAAUGUCAGCUCUAAAAGCCCUCUACAAUGGCCAAUUUACAUUUAUUUAUCAACUCAAUCGAUAAAACCAAAAUAUUCUGCCUGAAAGUUGGUUUUACACCAAAAAUGAUCAGUACUACAUUAUCAGUAUAUACCCAUUCAUCUAGCUUAAGUGCAAUGCUGUAUUUUGGAAUUCAGUUUCUAUGAGGAGUCAUAGAGAAUUCUGUACUAAUUUACCACGUGGAUUAGGGGACUGCAUGUUUCUUUUUUUAUGACACUGACUGUUACUGAGAGUAGCCCCUUUUUGGAGUAUGCCAACCACACAAAAUCUGUGCCAGUUUACCUUUUUGCUAAUGGUUUCUAACAGGUUGAACUGUCCUAUACUUGACCAUUUCUUAGGCACCAGAGAAAGAUUCUUGAUGAUACCUUACCAAUACGAUAUACUGGUUUGUCAAAUAAUGCACAUCUGGAACUUGUGGCCAGCCAGAAAUCAAAGCAAGGUAAGCUUAGUAAGGUACUCAAUUAUCAACUUUAUCAUGUUAAUUUAAAACUUUCCUGUAAUUGCUUACAUUGUUCUGUUUCUAUUGUUUGUUUUGUCCAAUUAGCAUUUUGUUAUACACUUCAACUUUGCUUAAAUCAGAACUGAAGAUGACAGAAGAACUGUCGAAACCUGUUUUUAAAAUAUUUCGUUUAUUUUCUUAAAGAAGCAGGGUAACUGUGAAAUCUUAUAUUGGAAGGGGCCAGAUAGUUGAGACUUUUCAAAUGAGCUAAUGCUUAAAGUCAAACGUGAAAUAGUGAUAUUUGAUGUACUUUUCAUAACUUGAAUACAGUAACUUGUUAUUUUUAGGAUUUACAGUGGCUGUAACUUUAAAUUAAUUAUACAUAAAACUUAAAUAACUGAGUGCUGGAAAAAGGGUACUACUUUUACCAUUCUUACAACAGUUUGACUUGGAUUUUUUUGUAAAAAAACAAAUCAAGUGACUGUAGGCUGUAGGUAUAACAUACAACUGUAAGGGCUGUUAACCAGUGAAGCACCUGAAUAAAAGCUUAAUACUUUCUUGGUAACUGAGAGUCAAUGUAGGCUCACAAAGGGGUUCUUAGAUGUGGUUGCAGUAGUUAAGUCUUUUAUUAAUGUGUCCUGGUGAAUGAAACGCUUUGUUGAAUACUUAAGAGUGCAAACAAUAACCCAAUAACUGUACAAUUGUGAAAGUUAGGUAAUUGUUGCCAGAGUACUUCAAGUACCAAAAUAAUCUGGCCUUGUAAAAUGCACCCUUAUUUUCCUCUGAACAGUGCAGUCUAUUUCUACUUUGGGCCUGCAACUAGAGUCUGGAGAGAGACUUGUAAAGGAAUUCCCCUCAUCAUCUUCAUUGUGGGAUGUUCUUUCACACUGGGAUGUAAAUGAGAAAAGGUUAGACAUCAAGGCCUUAACUAAACUGAAAUCUGCUGUAACUAAAUGUACUGUUGGAAACUUAAUGUUUCUGUUAGCAUAUGCACAAUGGUCAAAGAUGAAAUUAGGCCAUCAAUGUCACAGUCAUAUCCAGUCAAAAAACACCAUGUACGCUUUCAUAAAAAGUCAAACCCUUGGCCUGCCAGCUACAUGUGUGUACUCUGUCACUAAGCCAUAGAACAUUUUUGGUGUCUACAGAUGUAAGUUAUUAAAUUACAGUCACUAAGCAAAGCAUGAAAAGAAAUAUUGAUAAUAAUUAUGCCUUUUCAUGGAAACCCAUGGGCAAGAAACCUGCUUCCAAGAGAUACAACUGAAUGAUUGGAGAAUAGAUAUCUUGCUUCUGGUAUAGUAACAUUUGUUUUAAUUGAUUCAUUUAUGAACCUGUCUCCCUGUCUCCCUGUCUAAAUACUGAUAGCUGAUGUACAUUGAUAUGCCACAGGUACUUGUUUAAUGCUCUUUAUUUAUUUAUUUUUUGCAGUUCUCAGCAAGGGAAGAUUAUUAAUCCUUUUCCUGAAGAACAGAAGAGUCCAGUGUGCAUAUACAUGACACAAGAGGUACAGAUUGAAGGCUGUGUUUUGUUCACGUUAGGUUAACCACUGUUAAUCCUUUAACUCCCAAGAUCUCACUGGUAAUUCUCCUUACUGUCUGCUAUAUAGUUCUUGUGCUGUUAGUUUUGAGAAUUUGGUAUUGGAUCAACUAAUAAUCCCCUAAUUAAUGUUUUUCUUGAUUCUUGAUUCUCGUUACUUGUCUGCCUAAUAUUGUAUUGAUAUUGUAAAGUGAAAUUCUGUCUUGGUCACUCAUGGGAGUUAAAGGGUUAAUCCAAAUGGUCAAAAGUUCAACCAGGAUAGAUGUAGGUCUCACAAAGGGAUAUCAGUUUUGCUUAAUAUAAAAUCACUAUAACUUGAAAAAAAGAGUCAUUCUUUGGAGUUACUGUUACAAACAAACAUGUCUGGUAAUGUUUGUAAUAAGUUGCUACUGCCUGUUUGAGAUGAUCAUUUUACUGCUAGAUGGUGUCCCUUGCCACAUGACUGACACCGCUGAAAAUUACACAAAUCUUGAUAACUCGAUGUUAAUUGUUAUUAGUGGUGGCUUCAUUCACUUUCAUAAAGGUAAUGUUAUUUUAAUUGUGACUCUGUAGAUAAAAGGUGAAAAACUGCUUCAUUUAAGAGCAACUUUACAUUCCUUGGCUUGACUGGAAAAAAAAGAGCUGUCAUAAGGUUUGUGAAGAUCCCAUAUCUCAAUACCAGUUGCUCUUUGAUUAUGAUUUGGUGUUGUCUUUGUAGUUGCUUUUUACUUUCAUUCAGUUGAUACAGUCUCAACUGUAGUUUUACAAAUUAGAAGUGAGUUUUUAACUCAUUCCAAAGGCUUCAUAUCAGUGCCUCAGUGGUCCUAUCUUAUUUCCAACUCAUAGUAUAGGUUUGUCAAUAUUAUAAUUUUGUGUGCGCUGAUUGAAAGCUAUUUACUGUUGUUUAGAUUAUUAGAUAACAAAGAAGUGAGAAAUAAACUGUUAACGUUAUCAGUAAAAUAUUGAUCUUCAAUGAUCAGUCUCAAUCAAAGUCAAUGCAAAAAAGAAAGGUAUUUGCAGAGAUUGAACAUUUGUUUCCCAGUUAACUUGUAAAGAUAAAUGUGUCACUUGUUACAUGUAUAUCAUCCACAGGUCAAGGUAAUUAUGAUCUAUCAUAAUUUAGAUCUCUCAACCCUCUUGAAAAUUAACUUUCAGGUUGAUUCAUAGACAACUGGUAGAAACAGCAGCUCAAAAUGUAGAAAUGCCACCAACAGUGAAAGGUUAUUAUAUGUUUUUCAGUAACACAAUACCCACUUUGUUUAAACCUGCAGCUCUUUUGCUCUCUCUUUUUUUGGAAUAAAAAUGGUUGAAUAUAAAUUUUAUGCUAAUUCCAUGCCAAGAUAUGUGUCAAUUUUUCAAAGUAAUUAGAAGUUGAUGGAGCAUGAAGUAUUUAAGUAAUUAUCUUUGAUUGUAAAUGACACAUUGUAUCAUGAGUGUACUCAUGGAGCUUGUAGGCCAUCCUACAUGGAAUCACAGUGCCAUAAGCCAUAAGAAAUAGAGACCGUGAAUGACUCUUGACUCAAACUUGUCCCUUAUUUAUCAUUUUUUUUUUAGAAAUAAAAAGAUUCAAUGUUUCUGUUUGAAAAUUAUAAAAUUAAAUGAUAUAAUUCAAGUUAAAAUCAAAGUUGUAUUUGGAACUAGUCUGUCUUUAGCAAGUUAUCAGAUGUACAUGAAACUGUGACCACUCAACCUCACCAUAGCUAAACAUUUACAUGUAAGUUUGUUUUCUCAUUUUUGCUAGAUAAGACAAACUCAGCCUCAAGUGGCAUUUUACAGGAUAAACUUCCUUCACAAGAUGUAGACCAGGGUGCAUGCAGAUCUGAGCAAAUGAUGAUAGACAGUGCUGUUGUUACAUCAACAACCUCAUCUGCUAAAACCAUAAUUCAAGAAAACUCAAAUCAAGUCCCUAGAAAUGUCAGGAGAGAAAAUAUUGCUGGUGCACGAGGAACUUGUAUUCAAGGUAAAAAAAGAAAUCUUAGUAUUAGAAUUAUCUUAAUACUUUUGUGGCCUGUGUACCCAGCUUUUUAGAGGGAGUUUUCUAAGUUGGAGCUGUACAAAUUGGAAUGGAGGGGUGUGUUUUUGUUUUUACAGCUUUUUUUUUGUUAAUCUCUAAAUUCAUGGAGUGUGACAUGUUUUAAAUCCUUUUACAGACAGUAUAAAGGAACCUAAGAGAGCCAGAAUAACUCCUCCUGAGCCUCCUUUUGCAAAUUUUAAGGUAUAGUUUAAGGUAUAUUUUAAGUAAUACUGUUUCCUAGCUAACAAUUUCUAUGCUGUAAUGGCAACCUGUUAUCAUUGUUUUCUUGUAUAUCUAGUUCCCAGAAGAGACAGCAGGCAUGGACUUAUUCCAAAGAGAAAGGUACUGGAAUGGAUAAUUUUUUUGAGAGUGUAUUUCGGUAGUGCUUAUUUCUUCACCUCAUCAAGUUUGGUCAGGAAUUCUCUGCUUGUACACGUAUUUGUAUGAUGUUGAAUGUUGACUUGGUUAUGGCUUAUCUUGGCAUAUGCUUCUUUUCAUUGGUCUCUCCUUGACAACACAAACUCACACACCAAAAAUUCCAGAAUCAUGAUUAUAGAUGGUUAGGUGUCUUUUUGUUUCAGGGCUGAUGCAUCCCGUAAGGAAUUCUUAGCCACACCAUGUGACAGACAGCCUGUUGCUUUUAGUGAAGAAGAUCCAUCUUCUCCUAAACACGAUGAAGGUAAAAUAAUUUUCUUUGACCUUUUAAUUUUGUCAAAGUUUUCCAUCAUCCGUUCAUCUCUUCACUCAUUUUAAUUUAUUUACAGUAGUCAGGUAAAAUUGAAAUUUUUUCAACCAGUUAUCUCAGUUUCUUCCUGUUAGACCUCACUAAAAUCAUCCAUUGCUUCUUUUCUCCUUCUUCCAGCUUUCUUUUUUCCCCUUUUGGUAUUUUUGUUCUAUUUUUUCUCCUCACUCUCCCACACUGCAUUCCCAUGGUUUCUCUGCCAAAUGCCUCUCAGGCUUCUUUAACCUAGGACAUAUACAUGAAAAUGUAAGAACCUGUGUGGGUCAGUUCUUUUGCACUGAUCUCCCAGGCCUUACCUUGCUUAGGUUUUAGACAGUCUUUUUCGAGUGCUCUCUUUAACGUACAUAUUUGAUGUGAUUGCACUUGUAUCUUUCAUGCAUUUAUGAAGGGUAAUUUAUGAAUGCCUUUUUGAACCAGGUGAAAUUCAGAUUCGUUCUUUGAAGUAACAGUGGAUGACAUCCGCGUCAUGUUAAGAGACUUGAAGAAUGAAAGGUACUGUUAAGGCUAAUACAGAGUAAAGAUGUGAUUGGACAAAGGAGAUUAUGUACUCGAUAUAACCUUGUUUAAGUUAAUCCUGUGUUACAAUUUCCAUGUUCAUGCUCUGACAGGGAGGGUUUUUGAGGGCAGCAAACAAAUCUUAGCUUGCAAUACUACUAAUUCGUGAAUUAACUGUUUUGAUAGACAGUUUACCUUCUAUGACCUGUCUGCUUACUUACAAACGAAAUGUUUGAGGGUAUUCCUUCAAUAGUCGAUGAAAGUGAAUGGAAAAAUCGCUUAAAGUUUUGCUUGUUACGGGUUCUUUUUGGUAUAAUACAGUUGUCAAGUGAGGGCAGAUUCGUGUUACCUUAGGUAAUGGGUGAAAACUUUCGUUACUUGAGCUAUUGUCCGCUCUACAUAGAGUCCUCUGUAUCUUUCCAAGUGGACUGCAUUAGUGAUUCUUACAGUGUCAUUUAUAAAUAUUUUGAGUGAGAGAACUGCACUCAGAAUACAGGGUGACUCUUUCUACAUUGGUCAGUUUAGGGGCAAAACUAACAGGCCGUUGUGGAGAUAUGGUUGCUGAACGUAGGUUUUAUCAAAAUUAACUAGUUCGAAAAUAUAAUACAAUUCUGUAGACCAUUUCCAGUCAGGUGGGCAGUAGCCUGAAUACGAGGUAGUUUGUGAACAGAUGGUCACAAAGGAUGACAAACGCUACCAAGGAUUAUAUAUUGUCAUGUAAUCAAUUUUUUUUAAUUUGUGAAUAACAGGAAACAAGCAGACAGUGCUCCUCUAAUGACGAGAGCCAUGCGAGAAGUGCGACAAGAAUCUGAAAUGUAUAAAUACGACAAGGUACUAAUAAAUAUCAACAACCUUUAGCCCGAAAAAUUCUUUUAUUAAAGCUUAGUAUUUUGUAAUGAGCAGUAUUUUUUUAUACAACCAUAUCAUUAAGAACAGAGUUAUGUAACCAUAACUGCUCUGCAAGACAUAUCACAGAAGUAAACAGAAACUUUUAAGUUUUUAAAAACGACUAAUUUAAAGCUGAAAGUUCUCUGUUUUAAACAAUGUAAUGCAAAGGAAACUUAAAGCACUGAUUAACAAAAGCACAUGACUCGCGCAUUUUUUUCCAGCGUGCGCGCAAAAAAAUCGUAUAUGCGCGUCUGACUACCCUGCGUCUGAGCGUAUGAAAUUGGUCUGCGCAGUUAACAUAUACGCGAGCGGUACUGUAACUCAUUAAAACUUCGUCUGAAACCUCAAAACCCUUUUUUCUUCUAUAGCACUAAUUAAAGGCCAUAUGUGUUUAGUACAAUGUAUGGGUUAUCGAACGAAGAGACAUACGUUUAAUCGAACGUUCAGUACAAUUUAGUUUGUUUUGUUUUGUUUCACAGGUUGUUGUGCGUAUUAAGUUUCCUGACAGGCUGGUCUUACAAGCAUUUUUCAGACCAAUGGAAAAAGGUAAAGUAUGAUGUCUUCUAUACACUGCCCUCAAAAAGGGAUCCUCACUAUCAAAAAGACAUUUUUGUCGGUUCCUAGAAGAGGUUUACAAACGCGUGGAUGAUUCAUAGAUUGCAAAGCACAGAGUAGAUAUUUAAACAGCACCAUUAACUAUUUUUGAAACUACUUAUUUCCAUUUUUUCUGUUAUCUUAUUAAACAUUAUGAGUUCUUUUACUUCUAGUCUCAACCCUGACAGCAUUCGUUAAAUCCCACCUAGAAGAUCAAAAUAUUCCUUUUUAUUUAUGUAAGUACUUUUAUUUCUGUACAAUACUGUCACUCCUGCAUGUACUUUUGAAGAAGCUGCAAUCUUUUUUUGAAAAAUUAUUUUAUAAUCCUUAGUUUUGAAUUUAAACUGUUUUCGUUUGUAUCCAUGUAUUUAGAUACUACACCACCUAAGCGUUUCCUGGACAAACCAAAUUCAACUUUGUUUGAGGUGAGAACAACCCUAAAUGCCACUUAUCUUAAUGUUUAAAAGUAAAAUUACCGAUAGUAUUGACCCGAAAGCUUAGUGGAAAAUCAACAUACUUCUCAGAGUCCACAUGUUUUCCUUUUCAAAAAUCAGUCAUUUAUGGCAUGAACGGCUGCCAGUUCCCAUCCCCAACUCUUCCCGAUUCCCACUUUGAGAACUCUUUGCCGAGCCACACCAUUCUUUUUCUUUUAUUAUUAUUUAUUUUCUUUUACUUCUUAAUUCGGGAGUCCUGGUGUGGAGUUCCACUCUGAUCACCAGGUGGAUCUAGACGCAUUUAUUUCGAUCUGACUUGUUCCUCGAUCAGGCCAAGGACCCCGCUGGUCAUUGGGUUUUCAUUCAUGUUAAGUUUCAUUUGUAUUAUUUGUUUGCGGUUAUUUGGGUGUUUUUAGUCACUUAGCAUCAAUGAUAGUGAGUCAGCAAUACUGAAUAGUGUCCCUCUAUUAAGGUCUUUUCCUUUUCCACACCAAUAAGAAUAAUUCAUACCAACUCAAUCUUGUCAAGUUAUCGACACGAUCUAAAUCUUAAAUUUAUUUUUUCGUCGGUCAUCACCUCCUCCAUAGUUUCUGUAACAAACUGAGAGUGUUUAUGCAAGAUUACUUGUCGCAAAACUUACUAACGUACUUGCAUGUGUAUAUUUUUCGGUUUAGAAUAAACUUUAUCCAGCUUCAGUUGUACAUUUUGGAUCUCAACAUCAAAGAGGUAUGAGAAAAAGUACUUAGUAUGAUGUGGCACAUUCUUCCUAAUAUGUCUAAUUAAAACUUGCAGUUUUUUUCUGAACUGUGAAAAAAAGACUUUCAAAAUGUAAUGAUUGUUUUUCAUCGUAGAGCACUACCUUUCAACAAGACUACUUGACAACCUUUCAUCAGUUUUAGAUGCGGAGAAAUCUGUUGUUGAUACUGGGUAAGACAAAAACUCUAAAAGUUUAAAUUGGAAGUCUUAAUGGCCAUUUGUUAAGCCUUUUUGGGGUCAGAGUUGAUAGGCCACAGAAGCCCUUUGGGAUACAUUUGGCGUCAAGUGUUUGCAACGAGAGAGCUCUUUGAUUAUUGCUCUCAAAUGAGUCGCGCUGCGUUUCAUUUUUGGCUGCGAUCAAACGUUCAAAUUCAAACCGAACUUGGAUAAAGUCCUGUUGCUAGUGAAGAGAUUUCACGUAGAAAGUUGUGAUGCCUCCCGAAGCGUGGUGUGUCCCGAACUUUACCCUCACAAGUCAUAUCUUAAAGAAAGACUAUGAAUGAUUCAUUAGUGUGCGAAAAAAUACUGACAGAAAAUUAGUGGGCCGGGAAGGGGGGGGGAACAAUUUUGGGUUCGCUUCUUUUUACAAUGCGACCGCGAUUAGCAAUGUUUUCUUGUGACUAUGCUUGCUUGUUUGUAGAGUUUUGACAGUUCGCGCUGGUUCAAGACCUGAUAUAGGAGACUCGCUGGUUAGCUCGUCCACUGUAUACAGUGAGCAAGGUGUAGGUACAUCCUCGAAUGGGGCAGGUUUCCUUGAGGAACAGAAUUCCGCCUCCAACAGCAAACCGCACGUUGGAGGAACCACUAAGGGUGUAGUGCCAAAGUGGUUCAAGGGAACAGGUAAGUAUCGAUCU